AACAGGAUAUUAGUGUCCUGCACUUAGUGUCGAGACCGCUCAGUGGAGAUACAUUGAGAAACACUCCAUUAAUGGAUGCUCCUCAGCUGCUCAACACACACGUCAAGCUCUUGGCCUUCGACUUCCUCACUCUAAAACCAAUCCCCCACGACUCCACCUCCUUUUCACGCAAGGGGACGCGGCUUUCGCGCGCAGAGACAGUGGGGGUCGUCGUAAGCAGAGACUUUAAGCCCAAUAGAUUUCUCAAAUUCGACAUUGACGAUAGCACGGGUUGCAUACCUUGUGUCCUGUGGCUCAAUCAGGAAAGUUCGCGUCACUUCUCCCGUCGUAGCCCAUCACAUGUUCGACUAAUUUCCCAAAUGGCCGCUGAUUUUGCUUCCCAAGUCCAGAUUGGGGUUCUUGCAAGAGUUCGUGGGAGGAUCACUAGCUUUAGAGGUAACCUUCAGAUUACUGUUUCUGAUGUUGUUAUUGAGAGGGAUCCCAACUCCCAGAUUCUGCAUUGGCUAGAUUGUUUAAGGUUGGCUAGGAAUUGUUAUGACAAAGUUGCGGUUCCUCGUAAAGCCUGAGUGAUCAUUCUACUUGAACAGAAAAUAUUAACGUAAAGUUUCCUGCUAUUGUGAAAAUUCCAAUGAUUUACUAUACCUUCCCAAUGAAUCCAUGAAUCAUGAUGCUGGAAUUCCUGCUAUUGUAUAAAGGGAAGAAACAUCUUGGCCAAAUACAUCAACGCCCCCUAAAUUUGGCACUA